CCUAAACAGUAGUUUGUCUGUUGGCAGGUUUGAAAACCUUUUUCUCUAUAAAACUUUUCAGAUGGAUUAUUCCUUUUAGCAAGAUCAUCCGUGUUUCUCCCCCAGACAUCCAGCAGCAUUGAAGAGAAUGAGCCGCACAGAGGGUCUGAGGGCCAACUCCUCCAAGUUCACUCUGGAGGGAGAGCCCUUCCACAUCCUGGGAGGCUCCAUCCACUACUUCCGUGUGCCCAGGGCCUACUGGGGGGACCGGCUGCUGAAGAUGAGGGCCUGUGGGGUUAACACACUCACCACAUAUGUACCAUGGAACCUGCAUGAACCCGAGAGAGGAGUCUUCAACUUCCAGGACCAGCUGGAUUUAGAGGCAUACAUCAACCUGGCAGCAGAACUGGGGCUGUGGGUCAUCCUGCGUCCAGGACCCUACAUCUGUGCAGAGUGGGAUUUAGGAGGACUGCCCAGCUGGUUAUUACGGGACAGAGACAUGAAGUUGAGGACCACAUACCCUGGUUUUACAGAAGCAGUGAGCUCCUACUUUGACAAACUCAUCCCUAUAGUCAAACCUCUGCUGUAUGAAGAAGGAGGCCCCAUCAUUGCUGUUCAAGUGGAGAAUGAGUAUGGCUCAUAUGCAAGGGACGUAGACUACAUGUCGUUCGUAAAAGAGGCUUUGCUGUCCAGGGGGAUCAAUGAGCUUCUGCUGACUUCAGACAAUCGAGAGGGAUUGAAAUGUGGAGGGGUAGAAGGAGCUCUCAAAACAAUCAACCUCCAAAAGAUAUCCUAUGGGGUUAUUCAAUACUUGGCCAGUAUGCAGCCUGAUAAACCUCUGAUGGUGAUGGAGUACUGGUCGGGCUGGUUUGAUGUCUGGGGUGAACCUCACCAUAUUUUUCACGCUGAAGACUUGCUGGAUGUGGUGGAAGAGAUACUGAAAAGAGGUGUAUCACUUAACCUGUACAUGUUUCACGGUGGAACCAGCUUUGGGUUCAUGAAUGGAGCUGUAGAUUUUGGCACCUACAAACCCCAGGUUGGCAGCUAUGAUUACGAUGCUCCGUUGUCCGAGUCUGGGGAUUACACCAGAAAAUACUACUUACUUAGGAAGCUCUUCACCCAGUACUACAAUGAUCAGCUUCCAGAGGUCCCCCCCCCCCAGGACAGAAGUGUCUACCAGCCUGCUGUCAUCCUCCAGCACCUGUCCCUGUGGGAGAGCCUACAGUUCACUAAGCCGUACAGAUCCGUGAAGCCAGUCAACAUGGAGAACCUCCCAGUCCAUAACGGGAACGGUCAGUCAUACGGCUACACUCUGUAUGAGACCACCAUCACCAAUGGAGGCUUUCUGAACUCUUGGAACAACGUCAGGGAUAGAGCUCUGGUGUUUGUGGACAGACAUCUUGUUGGCAUCCUAGACUACAAGACUGAGUCGUUUGCACUGCCUGAUGGGAAGGGGGCAAGAACAUUGGCUCUACUAGUGGAAAACUGUGGGAGAGUGAAUUAUGGAAAAGCCCUUGAUGAACAGCGCAAAGGUCUAGUGGGAGACAUUUUUUUGAACAACACUCCUCUUAUGGGCUUCACAAUGUACUGUUUGGACAUGAAGCCUGGUUUCAUAAACAAACUGACUGCAGGCCAGUGGAACUCAGUUUCCCAGAGGGCCUCCUUUCCAGGGUUCUUCCAGGCCAGUCUGGAUGUAGAUGGCCCUCCCAGAGACACCUUCAUAAGACUUCCUGGCUGGGGUAAAGGAGUGGUCUUUAUCAACGGGCAGAAUCUUGGACGGCACUGGUCCAUAGGGCCCCAUCAGUAUUUGUAUCUACCUGGACCUUGGCUCCAAAGUGGACAUAACCAGAUUGUCAUCUUUGAAGAAAGCCGAGCUGGCGAGAAGAUACUAUUUGCUGAAAAUGCCACUCAUGGUAAAACUGUUGAUGUUUACAAACACCUGUUUUGUUCACUGCUUUAAAAUCGUUACUCUUGGAGCUUCAUCAUUGAUGUGGGAUACAGUACGAAGUUUUUAUAACAGUCGUUCCAAAAUAAAUAAAGUCAAAGCCUACCUCCAAGCCAAUCACAAUGGAGUAUUCAACACAUUCAUCAUGCAAAGAAAUAAGAAAAGGUACAAUAAAGAAGUUUUAUGUUAUUUCUAAAUUAGGUAUGUUUAUAUUCUUGACAUUCAUACAUAGGCUUAUAUUUAGGUUAGUUUUGUGUUACUUUUGUGUUUCUCAUGAGCAAGAGUGGAAAAACAGUUUGAACAAAAGUUAUGGUAAUUAUUUAAUUAAGGGGAUUUCAAUUUUCAAAGAUUUUUUGUCUGACACAAUGUUUUACACAUAGACUAGACUACUGACAUACUGGUAAUAAAACAACAAA